AUGUCGCCGACGCGGGAAGCCCGUCGCGACGCAUUAUCAUCAUAUUGUCCAGCAGGCACGCCUCUUGUUCCAUGCCAUAUCCGCGCCAUCGACCUUACUCCAUUCGUCGGAUCGUCCAGCAUCGUAUUUCCCCUCUUGCCUCUGAUCUGCCACGAUACUCCCCGUCCGGUCAUAUGCCCUUCCGCCGAUUUCCUCGUCUCGUUUCCCAACUUCCCUUCCCCCCACGUUUGCGUUUCUCCGGGAUUUGGACGCGCUUCCGCAGACCGCUCUACCUUCACACAUCCCGUCGCGCGAGAAAUGCCGGGCGUGUCGUCGCCCUUCGCAAUGCAAAUAAACCUUGACGUCUUGCUUCCGCGUGCAUCAGCUGUGAGAGAUUCCAUCGACACAAGCGGCAACACUUGCCUCGAACGAACCCAAUGCACUGCGCGUCUUCCGACACGUCGCGUUCCGAAGCCACAUCCUACGCAAAUGGGGAAAUUCGAUGCCGAGCUUUUUAAGCGAGGUGGAGCUACAUGAGAAGCUCUAUUCAUGAGCUGAGACCUUGCCUGAUCAUUCAUUUCAGC